UUGUGAUGACACACAUCAGCAGCACCAGCUUCUUCCAGAAGUUUCCUCGCACGGUUUUUAUCGCGGGGGCUACACGCGGACACUCCUGCACGAAGACGGCAUUUUUAUGUUGAGUUUAGUGACUUUGAUGUCCGUGUCUCGGUGAAGAGUAGAAAGUUAUUUCCGAACUGUGUCAAGUGAGGGAAGCUAACCUUGACCGUUUGCUAGCCAGCUAUCGUCAGCAGCAGUGACAGCUGAGGCGGCGGUGGCGGUGGAGGAGCCCGUUAACCUGGCCCACAUACAGGACAUGCUGGAUGUGUUGUUGACACUUAUCAGAAAUUGAAGCGUCUGCGCUGACGAUGUUUGUGUGAAGUGGAAAAAGAAGAAGAAGAAGAAGAAGAAGAAGUAGUGACCGGUUAUUGUCAUGGGUAAAGAUUACUACAAAGUGCUGGGAAUCGCCAAAGGUGCCUCCGAAGAUGAGAUAAAAAAGGCGUACAGAAAACAGGCCCUGCGCUAUCAUCCCGACAAGAACAAGUCUCCCGGAGCUGAAGAUAAAUUCAAGGAGAUCGCUGAAGCCUAUGAUGUCCUCAGUGAUGCCAAGAAAAAGGACAUUUAUGAUCGCUUUGGAGAAGAAGGGUUAAAGGGUCCAGCAGGCAGUGGAGGUGGAGGACACAGCGGUCAGAGCUACAACUACACCUUCCAUGGAGACCCUCAUGCAAUGUUUGCCGAGUUCUUCGGUGGCCGCAGCCCUUUCGAUCACUUCUUCAACCAAAACGGGGAGGAUGACAUGGACGUCAAUGAUCCCUUCGCGCCAUUUGGCAUGGGAAGAAUGGGUGGCAUGGGCGGGUUUCACAGGUCCUUCAAAUCCCACCAUGGAGGCCCACACAGAGCGCACGAGAAGAAGAAGGACCCGCCCGUGAUGCAUGAGCUGAAGGUGAGCCUCGAGGAGGUCUUCUCCGGCUGCACUAAAAAGAUGAAGAUCUCCCGCAAGAGACUGAACCCGGACGGGUGCACCAUGCGCAACGAAGACAAGAUUUUAACAGUCAACAUCAAGCGGGGCUGGAAGGAGGGGACGAAAAUCACCUUUCCCAAGGAGGGAGAUGAAACUCCCAGCAACAUUCCUGCAGACGUGGUGUUUGUUGUUAAAGAUAAACCGCACCCGGUGUUCAGAAGAGAGGGCUCAGAUAUAAUCUAUCCUGCAAAAAUAUCACUGAGAGAAGCGCUGUGUGGAUGCACAGUCAACGCCCCAACACUAGACGGCCGGACCAUCACUGUAACCUCGAGAGACAUUGUCAAACCCGGAAUGAAAAAGCGAAUCACUGGAGAAGGGCUCCCUCUAUCCAAGUGCCCCGAGAAGAGGGGCGACAUGAUCCUAGACUUCUCAGUAAAGUUCCCUGACAAACUGGGCCAAAGCACAAGAGAUGCACUCAAGCAGAUCCUGCCGCCGUGACUUGAAACGACACAAGUGGUCCCUGAAAAUCUAACACGUUAACAUUUCCAGCCACACACUCUCCUGUGCAUUUCAGCCUGGACGUAUGAGGCUCAGGGCAGAUUUGGUUCCAGCUGAGUUCUAAAUUUUACCGUCUGAAUACCAAAUCCAUAUUCUUACCCAGCAUCUAGUCAGUUUAACGGAAGGAGACAGAACAGCUGACUAAAUGUUCCGUGUGUGCAUUUAGCUAAGGUUGAUAAACAGUGUUACGUUACAGUCUGCUUCAAGGAGGAAAAGCAAGAAGUGGAAAGUAUAUAGUGUGUAUAUACUGUAGAUAAUAUAAGGUGUCAGGUAAUAGGUUUUGGUUUGGUUGCAAAAAUGAGAACCAGAGUGUUUUUAAGUUCACUUAAAACGUAAUUUAGUAGCUGAGGAUUUGUUUUCACAGCAGCAGCAGCAGCAGCAGCAGUGUUUGGGAGCGCUCUAAGGCAGCACACAGCCAGCUCAUUAACAAUACCUCAGGUGCAGUGACGCAUGCUUUCAUGUAGCUUUACCUACAUUACUCAACAGGACGUGACUUUUGUUUGAGGCUUAAAUACAGUGUGGAUCCCGAGAGGUGAAAACACUUGCUAUCAGCACCACUACAGACUUCAUGAAGGAGAUCAGUAUCGGCCAGAUGUAACAGAUCUGGGUUAAACACACCGUCUGUGUCUAUGUCAGUGUUUCAGUUGUCUCCACUCACAGUCACAGCAGGCUGCCGGCUGUUAGAGCCGUACCCUCAGAAGAAGAAUAUAAUUAAAAUAUGCACAAGCCUUAAAAUAGUAAUGAUGUGCGGAUGUCUCUGGUUAUAAUUAAGAAGAGAUAUGAAGUUACAGUUACGUAACUAUGACUUCCAGAUUUUAAAUUUAGGAAAGAGAGAGAGCACCGAUCAGUACUUUUAUGUCCUCGCAUAUCUGGGUUUAGGUUUCAAAUUGCGAUCGAGAGAGAAAAUGUUUACUUUUACAACACCUUGUUUAUCAGACACCACGCAGUUUAUCAUGUAAAAUAUCUGUGGGAAGACUUUUUGUGCCAAAUAAUUGUCCAUAUGUAGUUAUAAUAUGUGUGUGUGUGUGUGUGUGUGUGUGUGUGU